AUGUUUACGUCCAGCCCGGUCGCUGAAGGUGUCUUGAUUGCCAAUCCUCCAAACCGCACGCUGAGCAGCAGCGGCUUCACCGUCUCUGAGAGAGAGAGAGAAAGAAAAUACAAGACAAAAGCGAUGGCGUUCAGUUGCUGGUCCUUCGUACUCUUCGUGGCCAUUGCUAUCGCCUUUGGACCCCGGGAUUCGUCAACCGCCCUCCAGCCGGGACAAACGCAACGUGGACAAAACAUCACGCAGAUUCUGAAUGCCUUCUUUACACGUGGGUACGACAAGAGGGUGAGGCCCAACUAUGGCGGUCUUCCAGUGGAAGUCGGCGUCACUAUGCAGAUUAUCAGUAUCAGUACGGUCUCGGAAGUACAAAUGGACUUCACUUCGGACUUCUACUUCCGACAGUCGUGGCGGGACGAGCGACUCUCGUUCCAGAAGAGCCCAGGCCUGGAGAGCAUGACAGUGGGCGCCGAGGUGGCUGAGAAGAUCUGGGUUCCCGACACCUUCUUCGCCAAUGAAAAGAGCGCCUACUUUCAUAUGGCCACUACGCCCAACACCUUUCUCCGGAUCGGAUCGGGUGGCGAAGUCUUCCGCAGCAUCCGACUCACAGUGACUGCCAGCUGUCCAAUGGAUCUCAGAUAUUUCCCGAUGGACAGACAAGCGUGCACUAUAGAAAUAGAAAGUUUUGGUUACACAAUGAAAGACAUCCGGUACCGGUGGUCGGACGGAGACACAUCCGUCCGCAUCGCCAAAGAAGUGGAGUUGCCGCAGUUCAAGGUCCUUGGACACGUCCAAAAAGCCAAAGAGGUUGCCCUCACGACAGGAAACUACUCCCGACUGGUGUGCGAAAUUCGGUUCGUCCGAUCCAUGGGUUAUUACCUCAUCCAGAUCUACAUCCCUGCCAGUUUGAUCGUGGUUAUUUCGUGGGUGUCCUUUUGGCUCCACCGUAAUGCCACGCCGGCUCGCGUGUCUCUGGGCGUCACCACCGUGCUCACGAUGACCACACUCAUGUCCAGUACCAACGCAGCCCUGCCUAAAAUUUCAUACGUCAAGAGUAUUGACAUCUACCUGGGGACAUGUUUCGUAAUGGUGUUUGCUUCGCUCCUGGAGUACGCCGCGGUAGGAUAUCUUGGCAAGAGAAUCGCCAUGAGAAAAGCUCGCUGUCAACAGCUGGCAAAGCUGGCCGAAGAACACAGACAAAAGCGCAUUGCGGCCUCCACCGGCGAGCCCGGUUCAGAACCCUUGCUAGCCAGCCCCGAGGUCCCGGUGGUCAAGACGGUCGGUUCCUGUCAAGUUUGUCCUGCUGCGGUGGCAUCCCAAGGUCAACCGAGGGAAGCACCACCAACCGGAUUUACGAUGGUUCGCCGAGGCGCGGACCAAUGUUGCCCUGGUCUACAGGGCUCAUGCCAAGUCUGUCCUGCUGCCGUUGCCUCACAAGCUCAGCAGCAGGCCCCUCCCCCUGGAAUACCUAUGAACCACAAACCGAGAGAACCCUACGGUACGAUGGUGGUUAUGCCCAACAGGAACUGUCACAUAGCCGGGUGCCACGAAGUACGUCUCAAAAUGGUUGACCCCAAAGGAUUCAGCAAAUCCUCGACUCUGGAGAACACCGUCAACGGCGCGCCGGACAUCGAGUCAGCAUUUUGCAAGAACCCCAACAAAUUAUUUGGCGUCAGCCCUUCCGAUAUCGACAAGUACUCCCGAGUGGUGUUCCCCGUUUGCUUCGUCUGUUUCAACCUCAUGUACUGGAUCAUUUAUCUGCACAUCAGCGACGUUCUGCCGGACGACGUUAACGACGAAUAG